GAGAAUAUGGCAACUAGGGGUCAAGGUGGUAUCCAACAAUUGCUUGCAGCAGAGCAAGAAGCUCAACACAUUGUCAAUGCUGCCAGAAAUGCAAAAUUGGCUAGACUGAAACAAGCCAAAGAAGAGGCUGAAAAGGAAAUUGCUGCUUACCGUGCCCAAGUGGAGGCUGAGUUCCAAAGAAAACUCUCUGAGAGUAGCGGAGAUUCAGGAGCUAAUGUUAAGCGGCUUGAAGUCGAGACGGAUGCAAAGAUUGCGCACCUAAAAGAAGAGUCUGCUAGAAUUUCGUACGAUGUCGUGGACAUGCUCCUGAAGCAUGUGACAACCGUGAAAAAUUGAACGUCUUGAUCACAAAGGUUGCAGUAAGAAACUCUAAAUUAUGUUAUUCUUUUUGUGGUGCCUGGAAACGGCUCAAACUGCAUGUGUAUUCUGGAGAUGAAUCCUUUCCUUUGCAUGGAUCAGCAGUCAGUACUUUGCAGACUGCACUGUGUUGAAUAAUAUAUGAUUUGAUUCAAUGUUCAUUUCUAUGUUUCAUGAGGUUGAAUUGAAUGUUUAUGAAGUACCACAUUCCUGUUGUUGUCUU